AAGACCUCCCUUAUGCCUCGUAGUCUUAAGCAGAGGGCAGGAAGAUAGUUUUUGCUCAAUUUUAAUCCUGACUGCUCCUUGGAAACCUCAGAAGAGCUCUGUGCAGUUAGGAUGACUGUAUCUUUCUAGAUAAGCAGAGGUGAAUAGAGGGCAAUGAGAAGGUCCUAGGUAGACCCCUUCAGGGUCUACAGGCAUGAAAACUAAAAAUAGUAUAUAGUCUACUGCCAGGUAACAGAAUGGCUGAGAAGGAAAACAGGUUCCAAAUACACUGUAGUGAGGCACUGGAUUCCUAAAGCAACAACCAGUCAGUAGAGAACAAUCGGACCACUUGGGGCAUGCAUUUCCUCAAAAAUCAGCAGAGGAGUCAUGGGUGUGUUGAUGUCCAAGCGGCAGACUGUGGAGCAGGUACAGAAGGUGAGUCUGGCUGUGUCUGCCUUCAAGGAUGGGCUUCGGGACAGGCCUUCCAUCCGACGAACAGGUGAGCUACCAGGGUCUCGCCGUGGCACUGUCGAGGGCUCUGUCCAGGAGGUGCAAGAGGAGAAAGAACCAGAAGCAGGAACCCAAGUGGUUCAGGAAGAGGGCAGGGUCCAUCGUGCAGCCUGGGAAAGGCUUCGAGAUGGACGUGGAGUAGAGCCAGAAGAGUUUGACAAAACCAGUCGAUUCACACCCCCUGCCUUCAUCCGCCCCACCCGGAAGCUGGAUGAUGACAAGCCUCCAGAUAUCGCCUUGGAGCCCAGAGAGCCUGUUGUCAACGAUGAGAUGUGCGACAUCUGUGAGGUCUGGACGGCUGAGAGCCUCUUCCCAUGCAGGGUCUGUACCAGGGUUUUCCAUGAUGGCUGCCUGCGCCGCAUGGGCUACAUCCAAGAAGACAGUGCAGCAGAGGUGAUCGAGAUGGCCCACUCAGAAACAGGCUGGAGCUGCCACUACUGUGACAACCUCAACUUGCUGCUUACUGAGGAGGAAAUGUAUAGUCUCACAGAGACCUUUCAGCAGUGUAAAGUCAUCCCUGAUUGCUCCCUGACUCUGGAGGACUUCAUGCGCUACCGCCACCAAGCAGCGAAGCGAGGUGACAGUAACAGAGCCUUAAGUGACAAGCAAGAGGAACAGGCAGCUCGCCAGUUUGCAGCCCUAGACCCUGAGCACCGGGGCCAUGUAGAAUGGCCUGACUUCUUGUCCCAUGAGUCCCUCCUACUUCUGCAGAAAUUACGUCCUCAGAACUCUCUGUUGAGACUCUUGACAGUCAAGGAGCGAGAACGAGCCCGCGCCACCUUCUUGGCACAGGGCAGUGGGAACACUAUCAGUGAGACAGAAUGUCGCCAUGCCCAGCACUCUUGGUUCUACAGACACCUCUCAGAGGCUCCUUCAUGCAGCGUCAGCAGCAUCAGCCAUGUGGGUCCCAUAGCAGACAGCAGCCCAGCCAGCACCAGCAGCAAGAGUCAGGAUAAGGCCCUGCUGUCUACAGAGCAGGAAUCUAGAUCUGUGGACUGGCCUACCUUCCUGCAAGAGAAUGUCAUCUACAUCUUGGCUGCUCGCCCCAACAGUGCAGCCAUUCACCUGAAGCCCCCAGGAUAGUGUGGAACAGCGACUCUUGGUUUGGGACAGUGGCAUCCUUUCCCUCUUUUCCUUUCUUCCUUUCCCCCACCAACUUCUGGCACUGAGACUCGUGGGAUUGGGGUACUGCCGGCAUCUUAAUUUAUCAUUAAGCAUAUGGCACUGAAAUCACCAUUCCCUGUAUAGCAGAGGCAGUAAAUGCACUGCCACAGGGAGAAGCCCCUGAGGGCUGUGGCAGCACACCCACUCCUGGACCAAACCCUACCCUCACAUCAGAGACCAAACCUGCCACCACACAUCUUGUUGUCCAUGCCUUUAGAAGCCUGGUUCUUUUUAGUUGAAAAGGACCAAAGUCCCUUUGUGAAAAAAAUCCCCAGACAUAGAUAAGAUGGGCUCUACUCAACUCUUCUGUUGCCCAUUUCUGAUUUCCAAUAGACAAAACUCUGAUUGAUUCUUAAAAAGGAAGUAUAUCAGACUCACAUUCCCUCCUGGAAAUGCUGAGAAGGCCCUUCUGCCCACACUGAAAGCCUCUUCAGCAGUGAGCUACUAUUACUAGUGGAAAUUUACUAUAUUCCUUGGGUGUGUGGGGGUGGGAAAAUAUUGAAAAUCACCACUGCAGUCUCAUCUGCUAUUUAUUUAAAUUUUAAUACCCUAUGACAGAGACAGAAGCUAGUUUAUGACAUACUGACCAGAAAAGGGGGAGGCAGCCUGUUCCAGAGACCCAGAAGUCUAGGAACCUUUCAGCCAAGUCAUCCAAGUCCAUAGGUCUUGAGUGAAGUAGUUAAAAACAAGGUUGAACCUUCCUGGUCCAUUUUCAGAUGGUAGCUCAUUGCCCAAAGAACCUGAAUGGAAUAAACAUGUUGGCAGGAGUCCCAGCCCUCUGUAUAAGACUUCACCCCAGUCAAUACCACAAAGACCAAUGAGGAUAAGGUCUACAUGGAAGAGGAGAGGGGAGAACUUGUGUUUUUCCAUCAUUCCAGGUCAACCAUAGACCUAGAAAAGUGUGCUACUGUGUGGAGAAUGCAUCCAGCUUCCAUAGCUCAAGACAGCAGCUCUGUGAAGCCCCGAGAAGGGAUUGCUUUCAGCCAUAAUGACAAUAAGGAUAGGAAACAACUGGGCUUAUGAAGAUCUGCAUCUCUGCUCUCUCAAGCACAGGAGGUCCCAGUAAAGCUUCCUAGAGGAACAUUUCCCCUUCCCCCAUCACUGUGUGGCCUCAAUUGCUGCUUUUUCUCAUUGUUCUCUACAUGUCCUUACUCUCCGUGCUAUGGUCGGAGCCUGAUAUGGGAGGAUUUGGGGGCAAGCAAGGCACCAGUGAUGCCAAACUUAGCCUGCAAGCCCUCUCAAGUUUUCAUCAAGUUUUCAAGUCAGCCCUGUUAUGGGUCAUCCCUGGCCCAGGGGUCCAGGUUCUGUAUUUCUGUUUCUAGCUGUAUGACUUUGUUAGAAGAAGAUGUGAUUACCAAGAAUUAUUCAAGAGGGAAUUGUACUCAGCUAUACAGAAGCUAACAUAUGUCCACUGUGUAAGGAAAGCCCUUGUACUUAGAGGAGGAGAAGAGUACUACUCAGAGGAAAGCGGGAAGCUGCAGUUAGUUGCUUGAUAAGAGCCCUGUAUAGUCUCUCUCUGUAAGAAUGAAACUAGGGCAGGAUGAUAAGCUGCUUGAGAUAGAUUAUUUAGGACUGAAAUGAACUGAAACAAAUGUGGGAUCACAUGUAUGAUCCUGAACAUUUCAAAACCUACAGCUUAGCCAUUUCACAGAACUGAUCAGUAAGAGGAGCCAAUGUUCAGUCUAGUUUGUUUGUUUGUUUGUUUGUUUUUUAGGAAGAAGUGAAAGAAAACACACUCUUGGGCCUAAGAACUGCAUCUGAAGCAGCCAGGCCUGAGAUUUUGCAUGGAGAAGAUUAAAACACAUUAAACACAAGGGCUCUUGCUUACUAUCCCGGCAAGUAACCUUUUCCAGUGACUGGACUGCAGGAUCUCAAAGACAGGACAUUUUGAGUGUCUACUCUUGAGUUUUUGAGAGCUGAAGAGUUCUUUUCUCACCUGCCUAUUCAUCAGUCACAGGGACUGGAAGGCCAUCUUGGUCCCUAAUCUUUGACAGAUCAGGGCAAUGCCUACUGCUCUGGAACUGCUUCUUCUUAAAUCUCAGCGGAUGAAUGAUUAGAGACCAUCAGCCAGAUCAGGCUGGCUGUGUUCCAGAGUCUGCAGAGUAGGCCCCAGACUUCUUCCACAAUGGGAGCAGGCCCAUUUACGAUCAUUCUUUUCCCUAUCACAGGGCAGCAAGCUUCCUUGGUGGGGGUUCUACUGUAGAGGGCCCAGGGGAUGCUGUCACCAGUAAUUAAUAGAAUUCCUAAUCCACAGCAGAUAUAGAAAGCAGAAAAGCACACAGGAUAGCCAGCCAUUUCUAAAGCAUCUAGUUCUUUACCAAAGGGAGGAUUCACUGCUCCCUAGUCCAGAGUUGCAGAGCCCCACCCCAAAUAACUCUGCAGUGUUCUAAUUCCUAGAGCUCUACUACAAUAUUUAUAGAAAUGUCCAGACUUUCAUUGACCCAGUGAGUUCCAUUCCCUUUUCAAGCCUUUCCAUCACUGUGACUGUCUGAAAUUGUGCCAUGUAAAACAAUGUCUGCCUCUUAACAAGCGUAUGAAGAUACUUCAAUCUUUGUUACAUUUGGCUACCAAAAAUUAAGAUCAGUGCUUUUCCCACACCAAAUCCCAACCAUGUGAGCUUGGAUUAUAUGCAUGCUCUUUUGAAGACAAUUUAGGUGAGUGACUGUUUUCCUUCACCAGUCAUCCAUGCCCAGAUUCAAA